CAUUUUUUACUGGUCAGGGUCUGGGUGUUAAGACAUAUGACAAAUAUGAGGUGUGUGCAUUUUCCUUUAAAAGUAGUGGUUUAAGGAGUGUAAGUUAUGGAGCAUAAAUUGAUAUAUAAAACAAACAAACCAGUAAAGCAUAUUGGGCAAAGUACACUGCCAAAGACUGACACCGGCUGACAAAGGGAGAGGUGAUCUGAUCACACAGCAGCGGAGUUAAUCAGUAAUUUCAGGAAGUUCUCUAGAAGAUACUGAAGGCCCCACCGCCCCUCAAUGGACAAUGACAACUAAACAAUACCCGGGAAGCCUUCUGUAAGACACAAUCCUGAGGCUCCACACAACAGUAUCAUGGGAAAGAAGAAAAAGGAAGAAAAUAAAGACGUUCCUACUUCAAAAUGUCCGGAUAACACCGCAUUCAAACAACAGAGAAUCCCCGCAUGGAAGCCCACCCUAACCCCGGAGUCCGUCCUCAGCUCAUUCUUUAUCAUUGGCCUCUUCUGCCUCGCCGUAGGAAUCAGUUGGAUUGUAGCAACAACUAAUGUGAAAGAAAUAUGGAUAACCUAUUCUGACAAUUGUUCAUACUGUACACAACUACGGGAAAAUUCUUCAAAUUCGGAAACGCCAUGCAGCUGCUUCGUCCAGUUUUCUGUGAAAGAAAAGAUCGAGGGAGACGUCUUUUUUUACUACGGGCUCAGCAAUUUUUUUCAGAACCAUCGGAGAUAUGUGGCAUCCAGAUAUGACGCCCAGUUGCUUGGAAGAAAUGUAACAACUAAAGAGAGCAUAGAAAAAGGUAGCUACUGUGCUCCAUUCUCUGCAUAUAAUAAUGGAACCCCAAUGGCUCCAUGUGGGGCAAUUGCCAACAGCAUGUUUAAUGAUACAAUAAGGUUGAUCUAUCAGCCGGAACCCACGUCCCCCGUAGUCGAAGUUCCACUUCUGAAGACUGGAAACACCUGGUGGUCUGAUAAGAAUGUGAGGUUCAGUAACCCCAAACCAAAAGAUAACCUUGUGCAGGCUUUUGCAGGAAGCGCCAGGCCACCCUAUUGGCAGAAACCAGCUUCCGCUCUUGAUUCUCUUGACCCCAAUAACAAUGGCUAUAUAAAUGAUGACUUUAUCAACUGGAUGAGAGUGGCAGCUUUACCGUCCUUCAGAAAACUUUAUAGACGUCUGUCACGAGUAAACCAGUUCUCUGAUGGCCUUCCAGCUGGAAAUUACAGCUUCAUCAUUGAAUAUAAUUUUCCUGUAUCCAGGUUUGGAGGAAAAAAACACGUGAUCCUGUCUACUCUCUCAUGGUGCGGAGGAAGUAACAUGUUUCUGGGCAUCGCAUACACUGUGACUGGAGCGGCCAUUGUACUCACAGCAUUUGCCAUGCUCGCAGUACACCUGAAGAAACGGAAGCCUAAGAAGACAUUUUCUGUUAGAUAAAUAUGUUUUGCGUUAUGUUAAACUGGUAGUCAUCUUUUGGUAUUGUAUUUUAUCUUUUUUUAUUCUUGCUUCUUUAGAAUAAAAAUGUGGA